CUGACAGUAAGAGCUGUUUGACAGUGGAAGGGUCUCUCUCAGAAAGUGGUGGACUCUCCUUCAUUGGAGGUUUUUAAGCAGAGGUUGGAUGGCCAUAUGUCAUGGAUGCUUUAGCUGAGAUUCCUGCGUUGCAGGGGGUUGGACUAGAUGACCCUCAGGGUCCCUUCCAACUCUACAAUUCUAUGCUUCUAAUGAUAAUAAGCACAUUUAUAAAUUGCUACGCUGUGGUGUAUUUGGUAAAAAUGGAACAAAAUAUAGAAACACAGGCUCUAAAUGCAAUAAAAUCAAGUUAAACUUUUUUUAAAAAUCCCUACAAAUGCCAGAAAAAUGAAAAAAUCAGAUAUAAAACUGAUUUUGCACAAAUGACUAGCUUGCAUUUCGGGGAAAGCUUUCCUAAACCAAAUAUGUCUUCAGUAGGUGCCUAAGCACCAUUAUGCUCGGCCCCUGCCUGAUUUUGGCUGGCAAUUAAUUCCAGAGAGCUGGAGCAGCAACACUAAAAGCCUCCAUUCUCACACAGGCUAAGCGCGCCCCUGGGGCCAUCCCUGUAUCAUCUACAAAGCCAUUAAAGGCAGACGCUUAAAUUCCCCAACUGCAUGCUUUCAAGGGAGGUGGGUAAGAUGUUGAUCCUGUCUUUCUGUCUCUGCUGUUGCAACGCUCAGCCAGCAGCAGCCUAUUUGGCCGAGGCAGCUCUUCAGCUCGCUCUCUUCGUGCAACCUCUCCAAGAUCCGCGUCUGCUGACACGACCCGGAGGUGAGAGGCAGUUAAGACGAGAAAUUGGCCUCCAUGGAUCCAGGGGGCUCGAGAACUAUUAUUUCAACUCAGAUCGUGCCCCACAAGCUUUCUGAGACACCCAUAGGUCCAGAGGGCUCUGGAGCAGGGCCUCCGACUCAGAUUGUGACCCAACAACCUCAGAUUUUCUCCAGCGUUGGGGCCAGUCCUUCUCUGCAGAGGCCACUGAAGAAAUUUUAUGCCGGGGAGCCGCUGGCACUGGGGAUCACUCAGAUACUCAUAGGCAUCACGGGAAUGGCUUUUGGGCUUGUGAUGAAUGUGGCGUCUAAUGACUUCUUGCUUUAUGCAGUCAUAAUGACCCCGUAUUGGACAGGAAUCCCGUACCUCAUUUCAGGAUCCCUGUCUGUGGCAGCUGCUAGCAACCCCAAGAAGCCGCUGGUGAAGAGCAUGCUGGGAUUGAAUGUGGUGAGUGCCAUAGCUGCUGGCCUUGGGAUUAUCAUCCUUUCUUCAUCUUUGGCUAUUUCAGGCCUGGGGUCUCAUGCCAGGUAUUGGUGCAGGAACCUUGAUACAAAACUGGCUCAUAGGUGUUACGAAACCAAAGUCAUCCCUGAGAACAUACUGUCUGGAAUGAUGGCUGUUCACCUGGCAUUCACCAUCCUCGAAUUCUGCAUCUCCAUCUCCACUGCUGCCUUUGGGUGCAAGACGGUGUGCUUGAAAACCCACACAGAAACGGUUGUGGUGGUUUACCAGAACACGAUUCUGGACAGUGCUAAUGCUGCCAAUCUCCCGGCUUCUGGCAAGGAUGCAGAGAACACCUGAAUUGUCGCUUCCUCCAUGCAAUGGUUCUGGAGUCCUGCCUCAAAAUCAAGAGCAGAAAGAUUCAGACUUCUUCAUCCCUGUACAUAAAUUCCAAACAGGCUUCUUAACAGAUCUCCAAUGAAAAGGAUAACAUGCCCAAGUCAACAUAUACCAUGAACUAUACAAAACAAGAUAAAUAGGCAAGGAGAACCCUGAUGACAAUGGGGAAUGGCCUUGAGCCAGCAGAACUUUAAAAUUUUGGAUCAAAAUCUAAACUUGGUGUGAUAUAUGACAUGCCUAAAGCCCAACUAGGGAGAAAUGGGAAUCUUUAAAAUCAAUUCAUAUCUACCAAAGGGAUCUAGGCAAAAGUGGUUUUCUGUUUUGCAAGCUGUCUGGAACCCUUAGCAAUUGACUUUUGAUAGAUUCUCAGUAGUGCUAAUUACUGACAUUACUAAUCUGAAAAUGGUAAUUAAGAGGAAUAUACAUAGUGUUACCUUGACGCUACUGCUAUAAUUUAUAAAGUAUCAAUCGCAAUUUCAGUGGGACACUUGGGUAUGUUUCGUCUUCCAAAUUCCAUUGCAGGGAGGUGUUUUUUGAGGGUCACCAUUGUUGAGAAGCCUUGCUCACAAACUGUUAAUAAACCUAUGACCCCAGUAAAUUUGCUAAUAUGUCAUUGCUGUCAUUUCUUCUUUCUCUAUGUUUGAUACUAAAAAAAACCUGUAGAUUUGACAGAGAGGAUUUAUUUCUGUAUAUGAUUUUAUUUAUCCACUCAGAUAUUGUGAAUAAGUUGCAUAUCAUAUCUUACUAUAUAAUAAAAUUGGAAGGUGUCACCA